AUGUCUGACGGCUACACACCUUUUCCCUUCAGCGUAACUCCGAUAUCUCCGCUCUUCCAUCCUUCUCCUAUUUCGUUGAACACUAGCCUCGGAUGGGCACCAAGCUGCACGACACCGGAGUGUUUACCAACUGCAAGCUGGUCCACGAGUGCAAUCAACUCGACGCUUUCGUUAAGAUACUGGGGAUGGGAUGUUGCACUCGAUGGCCAUAUUAAAGGCAACAUGACUAUGGAACUCUCCUUUAAUGGAGUCAGGGAGAUAUGGGAUCCUUUAGGGGAUACAUUAUUCAGUUUGCAUGGUGGACCCAUUGAUAAUUUGUUUCAGCAUGACGUUACACUCAAGGUACUCGAAGCAACGCCCAAUGCUGAAAUAAUAGUCACGCAUGCGAGGAUAAACGGAUCUACUUUUGCCGUCGGGGGCAAAUCUACCCAUAGAUGGACAAUCGAAGCCGAUAGCGAUAGGAUGAGUUAUACAGGCUUUGCUCCCCAGAACACCACAACAGGAGUCAAAUAUCCAACAUCCUCAACGAUAUACAUUUAUUCAAGAGUAGGUGACAUGGUAUCUACUCAGUUCAACGGUUCCGCUUUCCUCGUGUAUGGUCCAUGCGGACCAAGCAGUGGUCUCAUACGAGUCACGUUUGAUAGCUAUCAGGAAACAGUCAACACAUCCAAGCCAUUCGCAUCCAACGAUUCUGGUCUACCAGUGCGGUUAAUUCGACCCUUUCGUUACGAUAUUGGGGUGCGUACACGUCCACUUACUCUUAGUGAUAUUUUUGAACUCGUAAAAACAGGAUGGGAUGUUGCUUUUGAUGGACACAUUAAAGGGAAUAUGACCGUCGAGCUCUUCCGUGAUGGAAUCAAGGAACCAUGGUACCCUUCAGAAAAUACAUUAUUUAGAAUACAUGGUGGAUUUAACGACGAUUUCUCCCAACAUGAGGUCAUACUCAAGGUGGUCGGAGCAUCCCCCAACGCUGAAAUUGCUGUUACCCAAGCCAGGGUAAAUGGUUCUUCUUUUGCUGAUCUUUACAGACCUGCAGACAGGUGGAUAAUUGCAGCCGAUAGCGAUAGGAUGAACUAUACAGGCUUUGCUCCGCGGAAUACCAUAACAGGAACCGAGUCUUCAAUAUCUUCCAAGACGUACAUUUCCUCAAAAAUAGGUGACACAGUAUCUACUCAAUUUAAUGGUUCAACGUUCCUUGUAUAUGGACCAUGCGGUCCGACCAAUGGCCUCAUGCGGGUCACUUUUGAUAACUAUCAAGAAACGGUCAACACAUCUACACCAUUCGUAUCUGACGAUUGUCUGCUGUACCAUACCAGAGCGGCCCCAGUACGGUUUAUACAUCAAGUCGUUAUCGAGAAUGUCGAUGGGAGCACACUGGGAAUUAACAGACUCGAGUUCUUCCGAAUCUUGAUCGACAAGACUUCUCCAGGCAUACAAGCCCCGUUGGUUGUAGGGGUUGUGAUGGGCGUAAUUGCGGUUUGUGCAUUAAUAAUAGUACUGUACGUGAGAAGGGUUGUGAAAAAGAAAGAAGAGUCAGAUGGAAGGCCAGCAAAUCGCCGGUUGACUGCGCUUUUUUGUUGA